AUGGCCAGAAAGAAACGCAAGUCCGCCGAAUUGCCAGCCCCCGGGUCUGCACGUCAGCCUCACCAGAACGCGAACGGGCCUGGGACUUUUACCGCGGAGCCCACCCAGGAUCGAUCAAAGCGCCGCGAACACGAUACCUUCCAGGUCUUUCAGAAAUCUCAGCUAGCGUGGGCCAGGUUCUGGGCUGAAAAAGCCGCGAAGCUCGCCUCGCCGUUCGCCACAAUUGACGCCAAGGAUGAAACAGUUCAGGUCAAGGUGGACGAAACCAAAAAGGUGUCUGGUCAGCAGAUACCGCGGUACGAUGGUAGCGACUUCAACCCUCCUCUGUCGCGCAGGGCCGUCGCGGAGAUCGUCAUGCAGACGCGAGCCGAUUGUCCCAAGGCAAAGGCCUGGCUGAGCGCAAAUGCACGCGGAUCGGAGACGCGCGGUAAGGAAGAGCAGAACGUGGGGAUUGUUGAACGGGAGUACAGAAGGAAGCGAACGGUGGAAAAUCUGCGGUACCGGACAAUGAUCGCUUUGAAAGCCUCGGAGGCGUCCAAAGAGGAGGUGCGCGAAGUGAUGGAUAUCCUGCCCCCUGUGCAACUUAAGACCACCCCCGCAGUUACCACUGAGGCCGAGAUGGUGGCGCAGGUCAAACGAGUUGAAAAGGCCCAUGAGAGACUUCAAGAGACACUUGCUGCGAUGGAAGAUCUCAAGUGCAGUUGA